CGCCGUGCGGUCCGCCCCUAUCCCGUCGUGCCCCGGCGGCGGCGGCCAUGGCGGACGGCGGCGGGAGCGGGCGGGCGGCGCCGGGCCCGGGCGCUGCCGCGGCGCCGCGGCGCUGGGAGCAGCUGCGGGGGCGGGCGGCGGCGGCGGCGCCCUGGGCCCGCGGGCUGCUGGCGGCAGCCGCCGGCCUCGGCUUCUUCUACGUGGUGCUGCGGGUGCCGCUGCGGCUCCGCGACGGCCUGGCGGCCGUGACUGUAUUCUUAAGCACUUUGACACCAAAAUUCUACUUUGCACUUACUGUGACUUCAUCUUUUAUUUCUGGGCUGAUAUUUGUGUUUGAGUGGUGGCAUUUCCGAAAAUACGGCACAUCUUUCAUUGAGCAGGUAUCUGUGAGUCAUUUGAGGCCCCUCAUUGGUGGAGUAGAAAACAGCCCUCCAGCACCAGUAGCUUUCUCAGCUAACAGUGGAGAGAAUGAGACUAGCAGGCAGAAUAUGCCAGAGUGCAAAGUGUGGCGAAAUCCUCUCAAUCUUUUCAGAGGGGCAGAAUAUAGCAGAUACAUGUGGGUGACUGGGAAGGAGCCUCUUACAUAUUACGACAUGAAUUUGUCUGCUCAAGAUCAUCAAAACUUUUUCACAUGUGAUAUGGAUGCCCUUCGGCCUUCAGAUACAGUUAUGCAGAAAGCAUGGAGAGAGAGAAACCCUCAAGCCCGGAUUAAAGCAGCUUAUCAAGCUUUAGAAUUGAACAAUGACUGUGCAACUGCGUAUGUUCUCCUGGCUGAGGAAGAAGCAACAACUAUCGUAGAUGCUGAGAAGUAUUUUAAACAGGCUCUGAAAGCAGGAGAAACAAUUUACAGAAAGUCUCAAAACUGCCAUUCCCAAAGUCCCCAGCAUGAAGCACAGCUGAGAAGAGACACCAACGUUUUGGUAUAUGUGAAAAGGAGGCUAGCUAUGUGUGCAAGAAAACUUGGAAGAAUAAGAGAAGCUGUGAAAAUGAUGAGAGAUUUAAUGAAAGAGUUUCCACUUCUUAGCAUGCUUAAUAUUCAUGAAAACCUCCUGGAGGCACUGCUGGAAUUACAGGCUUAUGCAGAUGUCCAGGCAGUUUUAGCGAAGUAUGAUGAUAUUAGUCUUCCAAAAUCAGCAGCAAUAUGUUACACAGCAGCCCUGUUAAAAGCCAGAGCUGUUUCAGAAAGGUUCUCCCCUGAAACUGCCUCCAAAAGAGGGCUUAGUACAGCAGAAAUUAAUGCUGUGGAAGCAAUUCACAGAGCUGUGGAAUUUAACCCUCAUGUUCCAAAGUAUUUGCUAGAAAUGAAAAGCUUAGUUCUACCUCCAGAGCAUAUUCUGAAACGAGGGGACAGUGAAGCAGUAGCAUAUGCUUUUUUUCAUCUCCAGCACUGGAAGAGGAUAGAAGGAGCUCUAAAUCUGCUACAUUGUACAUGGGAGGGCACAUUUAGGAUGAUCCCAUACCCGUUAGAGAAAGGCCAUCUUUUCUAUCCCUAUCCGAGUUGUACAGAAACAGCAGACAGAGAACUGUUGCCAACGUUUCAUGAAGUCUCCGUUUACCCACAGAAGGAACUUCCCUUUUUCAUCCAUUUCACAGCAGGCCUGUGUUCCUUUUCAGCAAUGCUCGCCCUCCUUACACACCAGUUCCCUGAGCUGAUGGUCAUUUUUGCUAAAGCUGUAUUGCGAGUUCUUUGGCCUGUGAGUGCUCCCAGCGUUCUAGCGUCCAGCUGAGAGUGGACUGUACCGUCUAAGCACAGCGGGUUCUUUGGGACUCUUCUUUCACCCUUCAGCUUCAUAAUGGAAAACACAGAGGUCUUCAUGCUGUCUAGUCCCUGACAUCAGCUGACUCCAAUUUGAGUGGAGCCUGCUUUUCAUGAUAGUUUGAUUCCGUUGAUCUCAUGAGCAUCACCUGCAGCAUCCACGGGGCAUGGUUAGCUGACAUCUGGAUGAGGGGAAGCAAAGAAAGCUGUGUUGUUCAAAAUGGUAUCUUUCAGAGGCUUGUACAUUGGUAACAAUGCUUAACGUUAUGAAUUUCUUUGACCUUAGAGCCUGUAAACAUCUAAGGAAAUAGUUUUUGUUGAGCAAUAUCUUAUUGCUUUCUUAAUCGCUUGUACAACUAGGAGCUAAUGCUUCCUUUGUAAGAAAUGAAAGAGCACAAAUUGAGCAGAUGUUUCGAGUAUUGACACUUCCUUCUCAGCUGCAGACACAGAAGAUAAUUGGCUUCAAUUUGAUUUCAUAAGCCUUUUUCCAAAUAUUUGUUAACAGCAAAGUAUGGUUCCACUUUCUUUAUUAAAAGGUUGCUUCUUAA